GAGGCGUUGCAGCGGUGAGCUGAGGUGGACUUCUUCCAUUGAGUCGGUGUGAAAGGAGCAGUGCAGUUCUCAGACCUCAGCAACAAUACAAAACUUCCCAGACAAACCUCUUAGGCACCACAAUGAUUCGGAUAGCCGUCUUCCUCGCUCUGCUGGUGGCCUGCUUGGGGGAGAGCUGCACAGACCCAGUGAUCACUCCGUCGGCCUACACCACCUCUGACGCCGUCAUCUCCUCCGAGUCUGUCUUCAUCGUUGAACUCAGCCUGGCCUGUGCCAACGGAGCACAGAGUGUGACUCUGUAUGCUGAUGUCAACGGAAGACAGUUCCCUGUGACUAGAGGCCAGGAUGUUGGCAAGUACCAGGUGUCCUGGAGUCUUCCUCACAAACAGGCCAGCUCUGGAACAUAUCAGGUCAAAUUCUUUGAUGAGGAGUCCUACAGUUCACUGCGCAAGGCCCAGAGAAACAAUGAAGAUGUCAAUGCCAUUGAGCCUCUCUUCUCUGUCAACAUUGACCACAGGGGUGCGUGGAAUGGCCCAUGGGUAUCUACUGAGGUAGUGGCUGCCCUCAUUGGUAUCCUGGUUUACUACAUGGCCUUCAGUGCUAAGAGCACCAUUCAAGCAUAAACAUAUUCACUAUCACUUUUUAACCACUGGAUUGUUAAAGACUGAAUUCUGGUGGAGCUCGACCAAUGAUCCAUCAUCCAGUGUUGUGGCGAGCCAAUAGGAUUUUGCCGCUAGGUCUGCUUUGGACAAGGAGCAAGAGCAGCAGUCUUUGUGUUUUGUUUUAUUCAGACUGUGUCUGAAUGCCACCAGUCCUGUCAGUUUAUAGAAAAAUCUCUUCACAAGUUUGUCUUGUCAAUAUGGAUGGAAUUUUGUAAUUUUUUUGAUAAAACAUCAAUCCUGGACCACAUGAAUGAAUAAAUAAACAAAACAAAUAUAGAUCAUGUACUGUAUUCGGUCCUGCUUAGAAGAUGUUGCUACAUCCCGACCAGAUUAUACUUUGUCCUUCUGUGUGGAUACGCUGGCCAGAGUGGGAUUUGUUCAGGUGUGCUGAACACCAACUGAGAGAGGUCAAGAUCUCAAUGCAUAUGAAAUAUCAAUAAUUUGACUGCACUGGCUGGCCUAAACAGGCCUAGUGUAUUUGUCUCUUCCAGAAAAAAUUAAUAAAUGGCUUGUUUUUC